CAUCAUUCAAAUAAAUUAAUUUUAUCUUUAUUCAAAGGAUAAGACUUACACUUAAAGAUUUUUGAUCUUAUUAGUAGCAUAUUUAGUUUUGGAUAAGUAACACGCGAAAAUGAAGACCUCGUGGAUCUUUUUAGGCAUUUUUUUAAUUUGUGCCAAUUUUGAAAUUACUUUGGGUUUCAAUUCGACAACUGGUCUUUAUUCUUCUUUUAUAUCGAAUCAGUGGCCAGAAGAAGUUAUUGAAAAACUUAGGGAACAUAAAACACUUUUAACUCUACUGACUGGAACAUAUUUAAAGGAUGAUACAACUAAUUGUGUUUUAUGCAAUUUAUUAUUCACCGGAAUACUUUUAGAAAAGAACUAUGAUAUGACUAGUAUUCAGUUAUCAUCUGAAGCUGAAUAUUUCUGUGAGAUAAUAGGUAUGGCCACUACAAAUGUCUGUGACGGUGUUAUAUAUCCUCACGCAGAUGUUCUUAGUUAUAUAUUUGACAACAAAAAGGAAGUUGAUAGUAAGCAAAUAUGUAGUCUCAUAUUGAGAUGCGACCAAGGCAACGACACGUUUAAUUGGUCCAUAGAUAUUCCCGAUGGUACUCCGGCUGAAAAAGUUCCAGAUGCUGACGCUUCCUUUAAAGUCGGUCAUAUAACGGAUAUACAUUUUGAUCCUUUAUAUACAGAGGGUAAAAAGGUAAAGUGCGGUGAACCCUCAUGUUGUCAAAGUGACCAGGCUGAUGCUACAGAAGGAGAGGAAUCCUGCGGACAUUUUGGUACAUAUGAACAUGCUGAUUCGCCGCAAGUAUUGCUUGAGGAUGCUUUAGACCAACUUGCAAAACAGAAACCAGAAUUUGUUUACUUUACUGGAGAUUUAGUUAGUCAUCGUGUUUGGGGAACCAGUCCUGAAUUUAAUGGGAAUAUAAUUAAAACGGCUAUGAGUUUAUUUGCUGAAAAGCUUGGAAAUAUUACCGUGUAUCCGAUACUGGGCAACCAUGAAGCUCAUCCUGUUAAUCUGUAUGCUCCAUUAGAUACAGCAGAUGAUGACAUAUCCUCAGAAUGGUUAUACGAUUUGAUUUUAGAUACCUGGACCCAACAUGACUGGUUAGAAAAAGAAGCUGUAAAGAAAACUAUCCUUGCAGGUGGAUAUUACACAGUUAAGACCGCCAGACCCGGUCUACGACUCAUUGUUUUGAACAAUAACGUGUGCUCCAGGGAAAAUUGGUGGAAUUUAUAUAAUAGCAAAGAUCCUUACGGACAACUCAAAUGGUUGGCUGAUACCUUGUUAGAAGCUGAAAAAAAUAAGGAGAUUGUUCAUAUUUUAUAUCACAUUCAAACAUCUUCUUGUAUUGCAAGUUGGGGAAGAGCAUACAAUCAAAUCUUAAAAAGAUUCCAGAAUACAAUCGCAGCCCAAUUCAAUGGUCAUACUCAUAGGGACCAAUUCUUCUUACAUUAUGAUAAUGAAAGUACACCAAUUGGGGUUACUUUUAAUGGUGGAUCCCUAAUGCCUGAUAACGCUAAUCCCAAUUUCAAGAUAUUAUCAGUCGAUGCUAGCAGCUUUAACGUCAAAGAUUUCGAAUCUUACACAUUUGAUUUAGAUUCAGCAAACAAAAACCAAAAAAUAGACUGGAUAAAUCUCUAUUCAUUUAAACAUUCUUUCAAACUUGAAAAUUUGACACUAGCAAGUCUUAGCGAUUUGGUGCUAAAUAAAAUGAAAUCUGACGAAGUAGUGGAUCUAUAUCGCAGAUUUUACUACCGCGGUCGUGCACAGGAUGAUGACAAGACUUAUGACAAGAAGCCUAUAAGAUGCCAGAUUUUAACGUCUGUGGAAGGAGAAACUGAUAUGUGCAAUAACUUAUAAAUAGUAAUCAUUUUUUAUUCAAAUAAUAUGCAUUAUUUCUUAUGCAAUCAAAAUAAAACAUUUUAAUUAUU